AUGCUGGGGCUCGACUUGCAGCCCGUGGCGUCCAGCCUGGGGUUGUCGGAGUCGGAGUUCCUCUUCGGGAUGAGCUUCUUGGCAGCGCUGCCUCUGAACUGGGUGUGGGGGCGCUUGCCGCACGGAGCAGUGCGGCAUCUCUACGGCAUAGUGAUCGGUGCUUCGAUAUACGUGGGGCUGUUUGGGUGGGAGAGCUUGGAGAUGUUCGUGCCGGCGGGCCUGGUGUACGUUAUGAUGCGGGUGGACAGGAAGCGGGCGUCGCUGUACGGCUGGUUGAUUGCCUUCCCGUACCUCAUCUACCUGCACUUCAAGGAGGCGUCGGGGUCGAAGUGGGGCGAGGGCGUCAUCGACUACACCGCUGCGGCCAUGGUGUUGACAUUGAAGGUUCUGUCCUGCGCCAUGUGCUUCCAAGACGGCAUCGGCGACAAGGACAAGCAGACGUCGUUUCAGAAGAUGCACGCCAUCCAGAAGACCAUCUCGCCGCUCGAGUACCUCGGGUACUGCGUCGGCUGCACCAACCUUCUCGCAGGCCCGUACAUCGAGAUUUCGCGGUACCUGAACUUUUGCAAUGGCGAGGGGCAGUGGAAGGAUGGACGCCGGUGGACGGGCCAGUACAAGGCCGGCCUCUCGAAGAUGCUCUUCGGCGUGGUGGCGUGCGGCUUGCACGCCGUCAUCGCCCCGGUGUUCCCGUCGCAGGACCUGGCGAGUCCCGCGCACGUGGCCCUGCCCGUCGUGCAGCGGUUCGCAGCCACGUGGACGGCCCUCUUUGCGCUGCGCUGCAAAUACUACUUCGCCUGGUACCUGGCCGACUCCGCCAACGCCUUCUCCGGCCUCUCCUACACGCGCACCGACAAAGGCGCGAACUGGGACCAGGUGCUCAACGUGCACCCGCUCCAGGUCGAGUGGGCGAGCUCCUCGGUGCUCAUCCCCACCGACUGGAACGUGCAGACGGGGGAGUUUCUGCGGCACUACGUGUACGAGCGGUCCACGCUCGACGGCGCCAAGCCCGGCGCGCUCAGCCUCAUCCUCGCGCAGACGGUCGCGAGCCUGUGGCACGGCAUCUCCUUCGGCUACUGGGUCUUCUUCAUCACCUCGGCGAUUUGGAUCCUGGCGGGCAAGGCUGUGUACAAGCUCAGGCUGACCACGGAGGGGACGAUCAAGACGGCGUGGGGCGUCUACGGGCGGGUGCUGGCGAUAGCGGGGCUGAACUCGAUGGCCGUGAACUUCGUGCUGCUCGACGUGCCGCGCUGCUGGGUGGCGUACAAGUCGGUGUUCUUCCUGUGCCACGUGCUCGUGGUGCCGCCGCUCGCGGCCAAGGCGCUCGGCUCGAAGCCAAGACGGGCGUCCGCGGCGAAGAAGGCUGCGUGA